CUUGCGCGAGGCGCCGACUGGUUACCGCCAUUUUGGCCGGUGACUGUAGGAACACGCUGUGUGGUUGAGACUGGAAGGCAAGAUCUCCUGUGGCCUCUGUGCUCCACACCACAAGGGGAUCGUUUUCUCCAGUUAUGGCAGACAAAUUGACAAGAAUUGCUAUUGUCAACCAUGACAAAUGUAAACCUAAGAAAUGUCGACAGGAAUGCAAAAAAAGUUGUCCUGUGGUUCGAAUGGGAAAAUUAUGCAUAGAAGUUACACCCCAGAGCAAAAUAGCAUGGAUUUCUGAAACUCUUUGUAUUGGCUGUGGUAUUUGUAUUAAGAAAUGCCCCUUUGGCGCCUUAUCAAUUGUCAAUUUACCAAGCAACUUGGAAAAAGAAACAACACAUCGAUACUGUGCCAAUGCCUUCAAACUUCACAGGUUGCCUAUCCCUCGUCCAGGUGAAGUCUUGGGAUUAGUCGGAACUAACGGUAUUGGAAAAUCAACAGCAUUAAAAAUUUUAGCAGGGAAGCAAAAGCCAAACCUUGGAAAGUACGACGAUCCCCCUGACUGGCAGGAGAUUCUGACUUAUUUCCGUGGAUCUGAAUUACAAAAUUACUUUACUAAGAUUCUGGAAGAUGAUCUAAAAGCCAUUAUCAAACCUCAGUAUGUGGACCAGAUUCCCAAGGCUGCAAAGGGGACAGUCGGGUCUAUUUUGGAUCGAAAGGAUGAAACAAAGACACAGGCAAUUGUAUGUCAACAGCUUGAUUUAACCCACCUAAAAGAACGAAAUGUUGAAGAUCUUUCAGGAGGAGAGUUGCAGAGAUUUGCUUGUGCUGUCGUUUGCAUACAGAAAGCUGAUAUUUUCAUGUUUGAUGAGCCCUCUAGUUACCUAGACGUGAAGCAGCGUUUAAAGGCUGCUAUUACUAUUCGGUCUCUGAUAAAUCCAGAUAGAUAUAUCAUUGUGGUGGAACAUGAUUUAAGUGUCUUAGACUAUCUCUCUGACUUCAUCUGCUGUCUAUAUGGUGUACCGAGUGCUUAUGGUGUUGUCACUAUGCCUUUUAGUGUAAGAGAAGGUAUAAACAUUUUUUUGGAUGGCUACGUUCCAACAGAAAAUUUGAGAUUCCGAGAUGCAUCACUUGUUUUUAAAGUGGCAGAGACAGCAAAUGAAGAAGAAGUUAAAAAGAUGUGUAUGUAUAAAUAUCCAGGAAUGAAGAAAAAAAUGGGAGAAUUUGAGCUAGGAAUUGUAGCUGGAGAGUUCACUGAUUCUGAAAUCAUGGUGAUGCUGGGGGAAAAUGGUACAGGUAAAACAACAUUUAUCAGAAUGCUUGCUGGGAGACUUAAACCUGAUGAAGGAGGAGAAGUGCCAGUUCUUAAUGUCAGUUACAAACCACAGAAAAUCAGUCCCAAAUCCACUGGAAGUGUUCGCCAAUUACUACAUGAAAAGAUACGAGAUGCUUAUACUCAUCCACAAUUUGUGACUGACGUAAUGAAGCCUUUGCAAAUUGAAAACAUCAUUGAUCAAGAGGUGCAGACAUUAUCUGGUGGUGAACUGCAGCGAGUAGCUUUAGCUCUUUGUUUGGGCAAACCUGCUGAUGUCUAUUUAAUUGAUGAACCAUCUGCAUAUUUGGACUCCGAGCAAAGAUUGAUGGCAGCUCGGGUUGUGAAGCGUUUCAUACUCCACGCAAAGAAGACAGCCUUUGUUGUGGAACAUGACUUCAUCAUGGCCACCUAUCUAGCCGAUCGGGUCAUCGUUUUUGAUGGUGUUCCAUCUAAGAACACAGUUGCAAACAGUCCUCAAACCCUUUUGGCUGGCAUGAACAAAUUUUUGUCUCAGCUGGAAAUUACAUUCAGAAGAGAUCCAAACAAUUAUAGACCACGAAUAAAUAAACUCAACUCAAUUAAGGAUGUGGAACAAAAGAAGAGUGGUAACUACUUUUUCUUGGAUGAUUAGACUGAUUCUGAGAAUUACUGAUAAGCCAUUUUAUUAAAAGAAACAUUUACUGGGAUUUCUGUCAUACAAAACUCUAAUCAGGUUUUAUGGCCCCAUAUACUCUGGAGCUUGAAGGAUGGAUUAUUUAAAGUAACAUUAAAAGCCAGCUGUGUUGUAAAAUUUUAGUUUGAACACAGAAAAUUGCACUUUUCUGUUCUUAAAAAAGUCCCUUCUGUGCGUAACAUUCUAAAAUGACAUUUCAUACUACACAAAUUACCUCCAAGUUUUCAUGACAUAUGGGAAGAUUUUCAGUAGGUGUACUAUAUUCAUGUAUCAAAUGCUGACCAGUGUUGCCCCAUUUUUAAAACCUUGAGAAAGCUUCCUAUACGUACCUGAUUUGCCAAGUAUGCCAGUGUAAUGAAACUGCCCUAUUUUAAAAGCUAUUGGUAGUCACAGACUACACUGGUAAGAUUUGAUAAACAUCAGAUACUUGUUUUCAGUCUUUGCACUGAAAUUUUCAGUGUAUUGUUUCCAAGGAUAAUUGUCUACCCUAAAACACCAAUUGUUGGAAAAUGGGUGUUUAUUACCAGCUUACACAUUGUUUUUAAUGUUUUUGGUGCUUUUGAACUUCAUAAAAAUCAUUUCAAUGCCCCUCAAGGAAAAGAAAUACUCUGGAUUUUCAGUUUUUGCAUUCUGUAAGAGUAUAUUCUGUAAUUGUUCUUAAAGGAAUGUCAUUUUUUAAACAUACAUUUAUAUAAUCACUGAUCAAGAUUUAAGACAGCAUUUCUAGAGAAUGUUUACUUCCCUUAUAAUUACAGGCUCAAAAUCUUCAGAUUUGGUGCCUCAGAAUCUAUGUAUUUUUAAAAGUAGAAUUUUCUGUGGGCAGCCAAUGAUUGUAAACUACUUCCUCAGUGGCAACUAAAAUGCAAGAGAUAGCAAUACAAGUGUCCCUUGGUACCAAAUAUAUUCAUUUCUAUGUUUGGCUAUAAAAGACAUUAUGUAAACCUUAUUAUUGCACUGAACUGGAAUUAAGUGCAAAAGUGGGUUUACUAUAAACUAUCGGCACAUGUAAAGCAGGAAAAUUGAAAAUAUUUGUCAGUACUUUUAGAGGUCAUUGAAAUGAUAGAAGCCUUGAUUAAUUGCAAACAGUGGAUAGAAGGUUUGGUUUAAGUGGACCCCAUUAGGCCUUCUAAAAAUAAAUUUUUGUGUGGAAUCUAUAAGUACAUUUCUGUUGUGAAUAAUUUAAAUAUAUAAAAUAUGGAAUAAAAAAGAUCUCCCUUUAUUACCCUU